GUCGUUGAUAGCAACGAAAGUAAACAACACAGGAAGUGACGAAAAGUGAAAACAAUAACACCAAACGCGAUAAUAACGGAAUAAAUAAGUAAUGGCCGCCACUCAGCCAACAGCUAUGACCAGGGCAAAGGAAUGGAGCCCAGAGGCAGAAGAGGCGUGGCGCUUUCAACUUGCUGGAUAUCGGGAUGAACAUGACUACAAAAACAUUAAAAAGGAUGAGGUGACACGUUGGCCACACAACGGUUACGUUAAGAAACUACAGCGCAAAGACGGCUACUGGUAUUAUUAUAACAAACAGAGGGAGCUGCUCGAUAAAGAUAUACCCAAGUGUAAACUGUACGCUUACUAAUAUGGACAUUCUAACACACAUUUAGGAAAUAGUAAUUCCCAUGAACAUUCAAUGAAUUAAAUCAGACAUCAAUUUCACAUGUUAUUUUAUAAUUAUUAGUUGAUGUGCAUUAAAUAAAGAAAUCAAACUGUUAUGUUUAGUCAGGUCAUAUAAGCUGUGAAGGCUUCUGUAAUUCAUUUUGUAUGUUUAAUGCAUUGUAAAUGUGCUUUGUGGAGAAUAUUAUGCUCUUGCCAUUUUAACAAUAUGAAAGUACCAACACAUUUUCUGUUAUAAACUUUUGAGCACUUGUGAUAUUUUUGCAACAGCAAAUUAAUGUAUCAAGGAAUAAGUUCUAUCAAUUUAACAAUGUUGUUAUUUUGCUGUCAAAAUAGAGCAGUCAAGUAAUAAAUGUACUUAAAUCACAACUGACCAUUGAAAUAGUUUACACAAUGUGUAUCAUAAUAGGUCAUGUAGAUAGAAUAAAAACAUGAAAGAAUGAAUUGUAUUUAAAUGUUGACAUAUUUCAUCUUUACUAACUUUACCAUUCAUUCACAAUCAGACUAUAUCGAAGGCCUAACGCAAGAUGGACGCAACUCCAUAUAAUAAAAGGAGUAAGAAGGUCAGUGUUGCGCUGGGCCAACGACUUUCACUGGUACUGCCACUGAUGUAUUUAUUUAUUGUUUGUGUUUUAUCUAUGAUGGAGCUUAUAAAUAUAUCUGCAUACUGAUGCUCUCCCCACACAUUCCACGGCUGUCAUAUUUCAUAACUGUUGGCCUGAUUUACUCUAAUUACGCCAUUAAAAUGGCACCAGGCACGUUUGUUUGUGAUAUAUCCUCUUGGUGGAAAAUUAUGCCUUAUGUUUUGAACAUAUACUUAAAAUUUGUGCAAAUAAAAAAGUUAAAUUAA